UGUCACGUGAUUGCGAGCAAACGUCUGCCUGGGUGAGGCCGUCGAGGCCGUCUGUCUCUAUCGCCACCAUGCCCGACCGCGGUUGUCUGGCUCUCCACCGAGUGUGCGACUCGGUGAGCGGCGUGAAUUGGCGCCCGACGCGCUUCGUUGACGAGUUGACGUUGAACCAUUACGCCUGCUGCGUCUGCCAGGUGAUUCCAAGCACGACGGUCCUGCUGCCCUGUUCACACGCCCUGUGCGAGCAGUGCCGGGCAGGCUCUGUCGACAAAGAUGGCGGAAGCGUCUGCCCCCUGGACGGAGAACCCUUCCGCGAAGACGAGUGCCAGAAGUUCCAGCUUCCGGAGAGGAAGAAGCAGAAGUUGAAGGCCCACUGCUGGAACGAAGCCCACGGCUGCGAUUUCGUCGGCCCCCUGGCGGCACUGUUGGGACACUUCGAGGCAGAGUGCGCCUUCCACACUUCUCCCUGUCAACGUUGCGGGGAAAACGUUCCCAACGCUAAGCUGGCCGGCCACUACAUUGACGGGUGUAGUACUAACAACUUUUCAUCUGAGACACUCGUUGAGUCUUCUACACGAGGUGAAGCCGCCGCCUCCUCCUCUGCUACCGGGGACAUCACUGCGACUGCACAAGGGAUCGAGGGCAAAGCAGAGUACCGCUACGAAGACGAAAUCCCGGCGCUACAGAGCCAAGUGAACGAACUCACGGAGGCUGCAAGAACCCAAGGUGCUCAGCUGCAGGAGUUAAACGGCACACUGGCGCUUAGCCUCGAGACUCUGAAUGCCAGCGUGGUUGCGGCCGCCGCGAAAUUCUCGGACGCCAUCGGCGAAGCCUCGCAGCUGCAUCAACGCAUUCUCGCUUCGAGAGAGGAGGAAAGUUCUCGGGCACAUGAGGCUGGGGCGACUGCAAGCGCAAGCUGUUCGGGCGCAAAGUCGCCAAGGUGGAAUGAGGCGACGGACAUUCUUCAAAAUAUGGAAGUCCUCGCUGCCCAGUCUCUGUGGUGCCUCCAACGCCUACUCAUAGCACACCACGAGCCAUGGAACAUUCCGGCAGCUCGGUCAUCUAGGGUGUCGCAAAGGAGAGAAAAGCGCACGUCUUUCCGGGAGAGCACCUGUACGCUUCGUUGCGCAAACGCUAACGAAAUUGUUUAUCUCGUGGUUAUAAAGGACUUCGAGGUACUGGAAAGAUUCCACAGCAAUACAGUAACCUGUCGGUUGCGUCAUCGACAUGCGUGGUGCAGAGUCACUUUCGGUAUAUUGGGAAAGAACGAGGGAAGACGAAAAUGGGGUCUUAGAUUAGAUUGGGACAAUAGUUGUGCAGAGAGCAGCUGCUUGCCGCACGUCGUUAAUGUAUCGGAAACGAGCGUGCCGUCUGUUCCUUGCUGUUUGAAACGAGAAGAAGCAGAAUGCGACGCGCAGACGCAAGUUUUCUAUUACGAUAUUUCCUUGAAAAUUAUGCCGUACAGGAAGGUUAGAUUUGAAAUCGUCAUACACGACUGCGAGUGAAGUCGCUUGGCUCAUCCCAUGACGCUUCGGAACCUAUUCCACAGUGCAGUCUUGCCGUGUGAAGCUAGAAACCAACUCUUGUAUUUUGUGGGGUAUUGUGGAAUGUAGUGCUGUUUACCUUUUUCAGAGGGAGAAAGAGAGAAUUGGUAUUUGUUGGUAUAUCACUGAAGAACGCUUUCAUAUUCAAGAGACUUCGCCGUUAUACCUGCAAUCUGACCGUUUUCGUUUUAUUUUCGAAAUAUUGCGAAUAAAGUUCCAGAGCCGCCUUUUAUUGAUCCAGUAUGAACAGCCGGGAGAGUUGAGCGUGUAAUUUCUCUUGCAGCGAACCUGUUAAAGCAGUACUAGCACAAAAAGUUUGGAAUUUGUCCUUUCCGUUGUAGUAAGUCGCUAAUGUCUAACUAAUGCUUGAGGUGGCCGAUUACGUUCAGGUGUGGACCCCUUCAAACCAACCGCUUUUCCCACGUGGCAACCCUGUCGGUACGACCGAUUUACUUUCAGCAGCUGCCGAUAGGCAGCGACACAAGUGUAUGCCUGUGCGACAUUGUCAACAGCGGGCUUCCCCCAUAAUACAAUGAGGGCUCCUCCUUCUAGCCCACUGCACCCCUACGCAAAGGCUAAUUCUCAUAUCUUUUUCUCACAACAUAGGCAACAGCGCCUAGUGUUAUAUUCAACCAUCCGAACAAUACAAUGGAAUCUUGCUCCAACUUUGCAGUAAAAAGAAAGAGCGGAGUGAGGCGUUCUAUUGCAUUUUCCACGCAAUGUGCCGGAAAAAGCGGUAAUGAAACGACCUCCGUUCGUCGGGGGGGGGCGACGCGUCUGUAAUCGCGGCCGUUGCCAGAGUACGCGAGGCCUCGAGCUCGCUUCUUUCCGACGCCGCCCCGGAUGCGAGAGCCGCUGGGGACCUUCUCCGUGGCGUCGCCGCCGCUAGAGACGGCUUUCAAAAGUUCCUAGUAGCCAGACCAGCUCCGGGCCGUCCGGCAAGCCGAAGAUGCCGCCCGAGUCCAAGGACUUAACAAAAAGGACCUUAACAAAAACUGCCGGACCAUUCAUUAAUAAAGUUUCUUCUUGUACGCAAUAGGUGGUAAACGCACGAUACGAACAGCGUCCCACCACGGGCGACAACUGAGAAACACUGGCAGCACAUGCAACCGGCGUGGAGGCGCCGUACCCUAUGUUGAACAUAGUCCCAGUCCCGCGGCAAAGAAAAUCGCGAGCAGCACUGUCUACUCGGAGCACCGUAGGAAACAUGUCAACAAAAAAAAUUAUGGCGUAACGUGAUUGCUUAGGUCUCAAAUGUUAGCAAGACAUGGCAGGCUGAUGCCGCACGGUGCUGAGCAUUGCGGUUGACUAGGCGAAUGCAAUUUCCAAUUUAAUUUAAAUAUGCUUCAUAUGCAAAACCCAUAAUUGAUAUUUUAUUUCUUUUGUCCCCGACUGUGGGGCUGUUAGCAAUCUCGCACACAUGCUCUGGUGAUGCCCCUCGUUACAGGGACACAAUCGCAUCACAGAAGACGAAUGGAGCUCGGCCAUCCAGAGCUCAGACCUUUCACGUCAAACCAGGGCUGUCCAGAGAGCCCACGAUGCGGCUGUUAGGCUCGGCCUACCCGUCCCCACGGGAUAGCGGCCCGCAGCACUGCCCUAGGGCAAAGCUUCUCAGGACCUUGUAAUUAAAGGUCCUUGUGUGCCUGUCUGUUCACAGAAAUCGAUCUCGGGAAGCUUUAGACUUCAGGAUUCAGUGCUCGUACUUCUUUAGACUCUUCGCCACCGCUGUUCGUAUUUCUAAACGUUCUUUUUUCUUCUAAAGCCAAGUACCUCUGCGGGACAACUUGCGAGGAAUUAAAAUCGCGCGACUUUCUCGGCUUCGAAAGGAGGGCGCUAUAUCUCAGUUGAGAUGGUUGCUAAAAAAAGAAAACAAAAAGAUGACGGCUGUGGGCGUUCUCGCAAAUGUUGCAGUUCGUUACGGGUGUCCACAUUUCUGGACACUUCUUAUAAAGGCAAGUACACCUCGGCGAAAACUUGCGACGCAUUCAAAUCGCACUCGCGUGUCACUCUGCAUCUUGGUUUAACCUGCUUCCAAAGUGGGGCGCAAUACAUCAGAAUAGACGGCCGUUAAUAAAAGAAAUAGUGAAUUAGCGGCGAGCAAAUUACGAGAUGUUUUAGCAACCUCUGUCCAGAGACGUGUGGCGGCAAAUGCCGGUAUACGGCGGCGCGUGCUCUGUAUGAAAUGCCAAUGAUGAAACUGCCAGCAUCUCGAAUUUGUUUUCUUUGGAACGUAACUAUUAAUGAAUAAACUUGUAUGAAAAAUU